AUGAAGGUCAAUUUCAAGGACCUCAAGCAGCAGAAGUUCACCAUCGAGUUUGAGCCCACCGAUCUCAUCUCGACGGUGAAGCAGAAGCUCUCUGAGGACCAUGGCUGGGAUCCUGCGCUCCAAAAGCUCAUCUAUUCAGGCAAGAUUCUGAAGGAUGAGGAUACCAUCGAGUCUUGCAAGAUCGAGGAGAAGGGCUUUGUUGUUUGUAUGGUGAGCAAGCCCAAGGCGCCCAAGCCAGCUCCUGCCGCCGAGUCUUCUUCCGUCGUCCCGGCCACGCCUGCUCAAGCCGCCCCAGCCUCUACCCCAGCGCCCCCAGCUGCCCCAGCUCAAGUAUCAAAUGCCACCUCAGCUGCUCCUGCCACCCCCAGCCCAAAUCGGACUAGUGGUGCCCCCAACGACUCGAGUGCUCUCGCUAUGGGAGAGCAGCGUGCGCAGGCUAUUGCCAACAUGGAGGCCAUGGGUUUCGAGCGAUCCCAGAUCGACGCUGCUAUGCGUGCCGCCUUCUUCAACCCCGAGCGUGCGGUUGAGUACUUGUUGACGGGCAUUCCUGAGAACGUUCAACAACAAACAGCUGCCCAGCGCGUGGGUCAUGCCAUCCCCCCGCCCCUGCUGCUGCGAGCCCCGCCCCUGCGCCUGCUGGCUGCUGGUGACCUUGAGGGAGAAAAUUUGUUUGACCUUGCUGCUCGUGCUGGUGGUGCCCGCAGCGGAAGUGGUGGAGCUGCUACCGCCGGAGCGAGCGCGCAAGAUCUUGGCAACCUAAGCUGGCUUAGACAGAACGCUCAGUUCCAACAGCUUCGCCAAGUCGUCCAACAACAGCCCGGCAUGCUCGAGCAGAUUCUUCAGCAGCUCAGUGCUGGUAACCCACAACUCGCCCAGACGAUCGCCCAGAACCCAGAGCAGUUCCUCCAGUUGCUUAGUGAGCACGGUGAUGACGAUGCGCCGCUCCCCCCUGGAGCCCACCAGAUUUCGGUCACAGAGGAGGAGCGUGACGCCAUUGAGCGGUUGACUCGGCUAGGAUUCAGCCAGGACCAGGCCAUCCAGGCGUAUUUUGCCUGCGAGAAGAACGAGGAGUUGGCUGCGAACUUCUUGUUCGACCAGCCCGAUGACGAUGAUGAUGACAUGGGCGGCACCGGUACUCACUAA